CUGCCUCUCUCAAUUCCCCUCCUUCCAAUCAACAAAACCCAGACGCUCAAGCGAAUCAAAAGGUUUCCACAAGUGACAACAAUGGCGACAGAGAUUGCAGCAGCGGCGCCGCCACCAGCGGUAGACACAGAGGAGGAUAUUUCGGCGGCGGUGGCCGCCGAUACCAAGAUACAGGCAAGCAGCGGUCCCCACAAGCUGGAGAGAAAGUGGACCUUUUGGUUCGAUAACCAAUCCAAGCCCAAGCAAGGCGCUGCGUGGGGCUCCUCCCUCCGCAAAGCCUACACCUUCGAUACCGUCCAGGAGUUCUGGUGUCUGUACGAUCAGGUAUUCAAGCCAAGCAAGUUGACACCGAAUGCAGACUUUCACUUGUUCCGGGCUGGAGUUGAACCGAAAUGGGAGGAUCCCGAGUGUGCUAGUGGAGGGAAGUGGACUGUCAUCAGCAGCAGGAAGGCCAACCUUGAUACCAUGUGGCUAGAGACUUUGAUGGCACUGAUAGGGGAGCAAUUUGAUGAGGCGGAUGAGAUUUGUGGAGUGGUAGCAAGUGUGCGCCAGAGGCAGGACAAACUUGCACUAUGGACUAGGAAUGCUGCAAACGAAGCUGCACAGAUGAGCAUUGGGAGAAAGUGGAAGGAGAUAAUCGAUGUUACCGAUAAGAUGACCUACAGCUUCCAUGACGAUUCCAAAAGGGAAAGAUCGGCAAAGCCUCGAUACAAUGUGUAACUGAUUUGGCGCUUGGGUCUUCACUCUCCAUUACUAAAGUUGUGAACACCGCGACAUUUGUCUACUUAUUUUUAUUAGUGUAAUAUGAUCUCGUUCCUUAUGUUACGAUUUCGAAAAUUUUCUGAAGUACGCGGAUACUAAGUUUUGUUUGUAACAUUGAAAAUUUCUCUGAGUACGCUUAAAAAGUAAGUUUUGUUUGUAAUACACCCAUGAUUUACUUGAGUUGACAAUCAAAUGAAUCAGAUCUGCAUGUUUGCUAA